UUGGAGACAAUUCCUUAUUUAUAAUGAGGAUUCCGUGCUGUUACAAGGCCUUGUGUAGCCAAAAUCUCUCUCUCUCUCUCUCUCUAUUUUCUCUCUCUCUCUCUCUCUAUUUUUCUCUCUCUCUCUCAUAAUUUGAUAUGGGAGAAGCUCAAGAAGUGCAACUCAGUGUCACUGCAGCUCAGGAAGCUAAUGAAGCAAAUCGUCAGGGCCACACAAAUGGUUCGAUCAACCAGUCACCUAUUCCUGAUCAGCCAAGAAGAAAACUUAUGAGCUGGAUUCGAAUCGGUAUCUACGCGGUGUUUGUUCUUGCCGGUCAAUCAGCAGGAAAUCUGUUGGGGAGAUUGUAUUAUGAGAAAGGUGGAAAUAGCAAUUGGACGGUAACACUUGUUCAGCUUGCAGGCUUUCCGAUCCUGCUUCCUUAUUAUUUCUUGUUGGCAAAGAAGAACAAAAAUGCUAUAAUAGAAACUGACCAAAAUAUGAUCAGUCCAAAACGACCUUCUACUCUAGUCGUUGCAUCAAUUUAUAUUCUUCUUGGCCUACUUUUAGCUGCAGAUGGCUAUUUCUACUCUAUUGGGCUAAUGUACCUUCCUGUGUCCACUUACUCACUCAUAUUGGCCUCACAAUUAGCCUUCAAUGCUUUUUUCUCCUUUUUUCUCAACUCUCAAAAGUUCACUUUUUACAUCAUAAAUUCCUUGGUGCUUCUCACCCUCUCCUCUAUUCUCCUUGUGUUUCAAUCGGGGUCUGAUGACACUCACAAUAAUUCCAAAGGGAAGUAUGCGAUCGGUUUCAUUUGCACGGUCGGUGCGUCUGCAGGGUAUGGAUUGGUGCUCUCCUUGACACAAUUCUUCCUCAAUAGAGUCUUGAAAAGGGAAAGUUUUUCAGUGGUCAUGGAUAUCAUAGUGUAUCAAUCACUUGUUGCAAGCUUGGCCAUUCUUGUAGGGCUUUUAGCUAGUGGGGGCUGGAAAGGAUUGGACGAGGAGAUGAACUCGUUCGAGCUUGGGAAGUUGUCCUAUGUCAUGACACUAGUAUGGACAGCCAUAAUAUGGCAGCUCUACACUAUUGGAGUUGUAGGGUUGAUUCUUGAGGUAUCUGCACUCUUCUCCAAUGUCAUGAUCGCUUUGGGUUUGCCUAUUGUCCCUGUUUUAGCAGUUUUCUUUUUCCAUGAGAAGAUGGAUGGGAUAAAGGUUAUGGCAAUGUUCUUGGCUAUUUGGGGCUUCAUUUCGUAUAUUUAUCAAAACUACCUUGAUGAUUAUUGUUCCAAGAAAGAGAGUAGCCAAAAGGCCAUAAGAGAACACGAGCUUCACCCCAUAGAGAAAGAAAGAUCAAUAUUUUAAUCUAUGAACUUCUCUAGUGCAAUUUGGUUCCUCUUUUUCCCUUAUUAUAGUCAUCUUCUUAGAUAGCUGUUGUUAUUAAUUUAUACCAACAUAUCAAGUUUAUGUAGAAUAAUUGGAUAUCAAUUCAAGUGGAUGUUGGUUUCUCAAACCAGAUUUUCAAAAA